AUGACUCGUGCUGUUAACCAGAAGCAAGAAGACAUAAACUCAAUGAUUUGGUUGACAUUCACUUGGGGAUUUCUGAAGACCAUUAUGGCCAAUUUUACAGUUCAGCAGUUCUCUAUUGUAUGUCUGCAGGGAUUUCAAAACCAAGAUAGCAAAACAUUCCUUUCUGUAUGUUUCCUCAUCAUUUACCUGUUCAUUUGCCUGGCAAACAUCACCAUCAUCAUUAUAUUUGCACUGGAUGAGAACCUUCACAAGCCCAUGUAUAUUAUGAUUUCUAAUCUAGCUGCUAUUGACAUUGUAUAUUCAACCGUGACAAUCCCUAAAAUGCUAGCCAUGUUCUUAUUUGAUUACAGCUUGAUAUCUUUCCAUGCUUGCUUCCUGCAGAUGAUAUUUUACCUUGGCUUAGGUACUGUAGAAGUCUUCCUUUUGGUUUUAAUGGCAUACGACAGAUAUUUGGCCAUCUGCAAUCCUCUUCAUUACCCUUCCAUUAUGACCAACAGCAAAAGCGUUCAGCAAGUUAUUUUUUGCUGGGUUGGUGGGCUGCUUAGCCCACUGAUCUCCGUCAUAUUGGCCAUCCGGUUGCCUUUCUGUGGACCUAAUAGGGUUCUCCACUGCUUUUGUGACCACUCAUCUGUGAUUAGGCUCGCUUGUGCUGAGAUUACAAUUAACAGCUAUGUUGGUUUGACGUUUGCUUUGGGAGUUCUGGUAAUCCCUUUAGCCUACAUUCUGUAUUCCUAUGUCAGAAUCAUAAUGUCGGUAAUCAAAAUCACCAGUUCUGAGGGACGCUUUAAGGCUUUCUCUACCUGUGGUACACAUUUAAUAGUAGUUUGCAUAUUUUUUCUAUCCUCUGUCAGUGUUUAUAUCUCUUAUCGCAUUCCAGGUUCCUCUGAAGAUGUACGAAUGAUGACAUCAAUUGUUGGAAUUGUUAUUUCUCCUGUAAUUAACCCAAUCAUCUACUGCCUGAGGACUAAAGAGAUCUGGGACAGUUGUGUGAAAACCCUGAAAAGGGCUAAAUUAUUACCAUCCUAG